AACCCUAUUAAAAAUUUCUCCUCAUUCUGUUAUUCUUUAACCAUGAAAAUACACCUCAAUACUGAGCUGAGCUCAAACAAAUGAACUAUUUCUCUGCAUUUUUCAGUACAUUUUCCAUCACCAAAUGGCCACUUCUUUAUCCCAUUCUCCACAGCUAUUAACUUUCUCAUUUCCCAAGAUUCACUCUUUCUUUAAUCAAAACAGAAAAUUUCACUUAAAAACUCAAUCUUUUCCAAUAUUUCGUACUUUUAACCAUCUGGGUCAUAUUCAAACUAGACAAUUUCACUUAAAGACUCAAUCUUUUCAAAUAUUUGAAACAUUUAACCAUUUGGGUCGUAUUCAAACAAUAAAAAGAGCUUCUUCUGAUAGUUUUCUUGAAGAAAUUGAAAAGGAAGAAGAGGGUUUACUGGCUACUGAUGAAAAACCAUUGAAAUUUCUGUUAUUGGUGUUGUUAUGGGCUUCUGUAUCUAUUGGUUUAUUUGCAGUUUCUGGUGAUGCAAAAGCUACUACUGCUGUUGUUGAUUCUAUUCGGGCUUCGGGCUUUGGUGUUAAAGUUGCUAAUGCUUUGAGGAGUUUGGGUUGGCCCGAUGAGGCUGUUGUGUUUGCUUUAGCAACACUUCCUGUAAUUGAACUUCGUGGGGCAAUUCCUGUUGGUUAUUGGUUGCAACUUAAGCCUAUUGUCUUGACUGUUUUAUCUGUUCUUGGGAACAUGGUUCCUGUCCCCUUCAUUCUGCUCUACUUAAAGAAGUUAGCAAUUUCUCUUGCUGGAACGAACAAGUCAGCAUCGAAGCUUUUGGAUUUGUUGUUUGAGAGGGCCAAAGAGAAGGCUGGUCCCGUGCAAGAGUUUCAAUGGCUUGGUUUAAUGCUCUUCGUGGCAGUUCCAUUUCCUGGAACCGGAGCUUGGACAGGAGCUAUUGUUGCUUCUGUGCUCGACAUGCCUUUCUGGUCUGCUGUUUCAGCAAAUUUUGUUGGUGUUGUCUUGGCUGGCCUUUUGGUGAACUUGCUGGUGAAUCUUGGACUCAAAUAUGCCAUUAUAACCGGUGUAAUACUGUUCAUUAUUUCGACGUUCAUGUGGAAUAUUCUUCGAAGUCUUAAAAGAUCGCUGAGCUCAUCAAGCUGAUAUCAAAUCCGGUGGAAGUUUUGAGAUGAUCCGUAUAAGCCGAUAUGGAUGAAACAGAAAAUGGAGAAGAGAAAGAGAUGUCUUUUUGUUCUUUUAAUCGAUCAGUAUUACUACUUUUUCUUCACAUAUUGCUAUUAUAUGUAUUGGGAUUCAUCAGAUCAUCUCAUCAAUCAAGAAUGCCUCAACAAGAUAAAUUCACUUGUCUCACACAA